GUAAUCUUUUACAUAAUAGUAGACAAUAAUUCCUGUGUUCUCAAAACUCUAUUUAGAACAGUAUAAGUUCGAGUAUGUGAUUUAAUUAGGUAUAUUGUAGCCUUCUCGAUCUGAUAAUUUAUUACAACGUUGGAGAUAAAACUUUAAGAUUCAAGCCUAAAGAGAGCCUUCUAGUCUGAUAUGGAGAUUAAUUAGAAACCGCAUAUUGUAAUGUGGCCCAUAUUGUGGAGUAAUUAAGCACACCGAGCAAUUGUAAAACAAUAAUAAUGUGAAUGAACUGUCGCUAGACUCAAAUGAUAACCAUUGAAAUAUUACAAUACGUUUUAAACAUGCAAAUCUAACCAAAGAACUACGCACAGAUAUUGAUAAUAAUGAAGAGGUGGUUAAAAAAAAGUUAAAUAAAUCCGUAAUGUCAAGUGACAGUGAUAUCGAGGUGAUUCCUGUGAUAAAGGACAUUCCUAUUAUUGAAAUUUCUGACGAUGCAGAUGACGACAUAGAGAUAGAAAACUUGGUGAAAUUAGUUGAUGUUUCCGGUAAUUCCGAUGAAUGCUAUGAGACGAAGGUAGACAGGCUUUUGAACGCUUGCAACUUGAAAGCUGAGAUUGACAAAGUUAGACGAAAUGGUGCUUUCAAUGAUCUGGGUCCAUUUUACAUCGACAGAAGAUUGGUGCCUGUGAAUAUUUACCAAGAAGGUCUUAUUAUCAACAUGUGGAAUCCUGAAAUAUUACUUGAAGAAAUAUGCCAUCUUUGUCGUUGGACCAGGCCAACAUAUAAAGCAUUACACUUUAUUCCAACUGGAGGAUUUCGAUGUAGUGUGUGGGUCAAUGGUGUAGAAUUUAUUCCAACAAUGCUCGCAAGGACACCAGCAUCAGGCAACGAACUUGCUGCAGCUCAUUUCCUUCAAUUUCUUGGGUUUCAUAUAAGUAUGGAGAAUCUAAAUCUAUAUAAUGAUUGGGAACAUAUCGACAAAGCUAAACUGGAUAUGCGUCUAAGAGAGUUGAGAGCCGAUUUGAGUUCCAGAAUUAGAUUGUUUAAACUUGGUACUCGUGGGUAUGAACAAUUAGCUAAGAAAAGAAAACAUUUAAUGAAAAUAAAGGUUAGCCAUUUAUUGGUACGUCAAUGUCAAAAAUCCUUUGCAAAUAUGAAUAGUUUGUUUCAUAUGUUACGAAAAAGGUUGACGCCUUUGCAUAGUAAAGAUAAGCACUUUCUGAUAUGUACUAACAAACCGCAGAGAAUAAAUAUUCACAGAAAUCGAUUGUAUGAUAUCGAUAUGAAACAUCGUUUAUUAAGCAAUACAGACUGCGUUGAUAAUACGCAAUUACCAGAGUGCAGCCAAACAUUUAGUUCACUUAAUGUAAAAUCUGAUAUUGAAAUGUGGGAAGAAUCCUUGGAUAGCCAAAUAGAAGACGCAGAAAAAAGUAAUUUUCAUGAUUUUGAUUUCUGCGUCGAGCAAGAUAUUAAUCUCUCCACAACAGAAAAUAUGUAUCGUUCUUCGACUUUAUCGGAAAGUUAUGAUUUGAGACAGAAGUUGACCAAUAAAGUAUUCGGUGAACCUAAAUCAAACUCAAGUUAUUUAAAUGCAUGCCACGAAUAUUUACAGAGUAAAUCAACACUCCUUACAAACAUAAAGAAAGAACAUCGUGGAAUUAAACGUCAAUGGGGAAGUAAAACGUCUUUGGCAAUGGAACAAAAACACUUCAAAAAUGCUCGAUACGCUCCAAAAUCUCCAAAACGCUCCCUGCAUUCCAGGUUAGGCAUCAAGCAAGAACAAAUCAAAAUUGAAGGAAUUAAUUUGGGAACUUUAUCCCAUACUAAAACUGCUCGCAAUGCAAGCCGUAGUGACCGCAGUCGAAGCCCGAUUCUAAGAGGUAUCUCUGAACACAAUAUUUGCAAUAUAAAGCAAGAAAAAUGUUAAACCGCACCAUUCACACUAGUUUGAGUACUUGCAGUGAAAAUUGUUCAGUAGCUGAAUUAAAGGUUUUAGUAAUGUAAGUGCAGAUUUAGAAGUAUUACUUUAUAAGGCAGCCUCAUUGACCAUACCUUUUUUCUGAUUACACUUAAAGAGACCUGCCUAAAAAUUUGAGACCAACAGGAAAACAGUUAUGCAUGAAUCUAUCGGAACCAGAGAUUUAUUUCUUAUGUACAAAUAGAUUUAUAAAGCUAUACUGUUACACUUUAUUAGAUGCUCGUGGUUUCCUCUAAAUACAAUAAUUUAACAUAAUAUUUUCUGUUAUCUAUACAACAACCUGUCCAAUUUUCAAACAAAUCUGGCCUCAAAUUUCAACACAUGUGUAAUAAAUAAAUGAAGUUUAAAAUUUGAAGCAUA